CUCCACUAGAAGCCUCUGCCUCAGUCCCUACUGGGAGCCUGGUUGACCUACAGCAGCUUCCAAGAUGUCCCAGCAAUACACACGGCCAGUGACGGUCCCUGCUACCCUCACUGAGGAAGUCCCCCAGACUGCUUCUCCUUCAGCCCAUACGGAGCAGGAGCAAACGAAGCAGCCCGCAUCCCUGCCUACUCCGUGCCAGAAGGUGCUCUCUGAGUCCCCGCGGGAGGGCCCUUCCAAGCAUAAGGAGGAACACACAGCUCUCGCGAAGGGGCUGCCUGAGCAAGAGUGUGCGCAGCCACAGCAGCAAAGAGAGCCCCAGGGGCAGGAACUGCAUCUGGGCCUGCAGCAGCAGGAGCACCAAGCACCUCAGCAGCAGGAAGUGCACCUGGGACAGCAGCAGCAGGAACAGCCCCAGGUGAAGGAGCUGCAUCAGGGAAAACCACACCAGCAGGAGCCACAGGAGCUGCACCUGGGACAGCAGAAGUAUCAGGGACCACAGGAGCAGGAGCCGCAUCUGGGACAGCAGCAGAAGGAGGAGCCACAGGAGCAGGAACCGCAUCUGGGACAGCAGCAGCAACAGCAGCAGGAGCCACACAAACAGGAGCUGCAUCUGGGAAAGCAGCAGCAGCAGCAGGGACCACAAGAGCAGGAGCUGCAUGUGGGACAGCAGAAGCAUCAGAAGCCACAGGAACAGGAGCUGCAUUUGGGAAAACAGCAGGAGGAGCCACAGGAGCAGGAGCUGCAUCUGGGACAGCAGCAGCAACAUCAGGGACCACAGGAGCAGGAGCUGCAUCUGGGAAAGCAGCAGCAUCUGAAGCCACAGGAACAGGAGCUGCAUCUGGGACAGCAGCAACUGCAGCAGGGACCACAGAAGCAGGUGUUGCAUCUGGGACAGCAGAAACCACAGGAGCCACAGGAGCAGGAGCUGCACCUUGGAAAGAAGCAGAAGGAGGAGCCACAGGAGCAAGAGCUGCAUCAGGGAAAGAAGCAGAAGGAGGAGCCACAGGAGCAGGAGCUGCAUCUGGGCAAGAAGCAGAAGGAGGAGCCACAGGAGCAGGAGCUGAAUCUGGGAAAGCAGAAGCAACAGAAGCCACAGGAGCAGGAGCUGCAUUUGGGAAAGCAACAGAAGGAGGAACCACAGGAUCAGGAACUGCAUCUGGGACACCUGCAGCAUCAGGGACCACAGGAGCAGGUGCUGCAUCUGGGACAGCAGCAGCAGCAGGGCCACCCACAGGAGCAGGAGCUGCAUGUGGGACAGCAGCAGCAGCAGCAGGGCCACCCACAGGAGCAGGAGCUGCAUGUGGGACAGCAGCAGCAGCAGGGCCAGCCACAGCAUGAAGAACCCCAAGGAGCAAAAAUUCUGGAGCAAGAGGAAACACAAAGGGAGCAGCAGCUUAAGGAGCAUCUGAGACAGGAUCAGGAACUGGGGUGCCUGGAGCCGCAGGAGGAGCAUCUGGAGCAGCCCGGGUUUGCCCCAGGCCCUGCCCAGGUCCAAGAGAUCCAGCCAGUCCAGGCACUAAAGGGAGAACUUCUCGCACCCUGCAGGGAAACGGCAGCAGGAGCAGGUGUUGACGUGACCAAACUUAAGUAGGUACCUCCAGUGUCCCGGAGGCACACAGACCCUCCCACACAGGGAAGAGAACUCAGACUCACUUUCUUCUGGUCCUCUGGGGGCCCACUCAUUGUGGACCUGCCUGCCUGACCCUCUGCCUGUCCCUUUAGGGGCUGGGAGAGAGGGGGUUAUACCCAGCACCCACCUCCAGGAGCCCAGUCCUAAUCCUGGGCAACCUGAGCCUCUGCCUGAAGGACUGUCACUAUUACACUAACCCUAAACUCACCCAGUACCAUCACUGAAUCUGUGAGUGUACACAAUCGUACGUAAUAAAUCCUGAGGUCCUCGA